AUGCGAGUCCUCCUAAUCUUCCUUCUCAUCGGCUUGGCCGCUGCUGUACCCGGAAAACGUUCCAAAUCUCGACGAGACACCACUACUCUGGCAUCGCUUCAUUCGCGUAAACUCUACCUAAACCCCCUCUACGCCGAAUUCGACGAACCAUCCAAAACCACCAUUGACAACUUGUAUCGCCUAAAAGGUCUCCGCGUUUUGGAAUUCUAUCAAGCCCUCAACGAAUUGUACCUAACUGGAGGAUUCGAGAAAUCUGGAACCAUCAACAAGAUCAUUCUGUCCCAACCUGAAAUCCCCAAUGACACCUUCCACCUGCUGAUCCGAACCCUAAGACGUACACGAGACGAGUUAAAGGAGGGUGAUGCAUCGUUGGAAGAGCUGAACACUCAAUUGGAGGGAACAACAGACUCAGAAUUGACUCAAAAACUUCUGAAAGCUGUCAAGCUUGCCGUCAGAAAUGCCACACAAACCACAGAUGCCGAAGAGACCUCCUGGCUCCAAAAAAUCUCAAAAAUCGACUUAAACUCUGUUGAAGACCUGAAGGCCCUGAAUGAAGGAAACGGAGAGGACGCUAAGCUCCUCGCUGAUCUUCUGGAGCAGCUAAAAGCCAAAUUGGAUUCUGGAGACUUCAAAAAGAUCAGCAGUGCCACUCAGAACGCUUUCUACACUGGCGUCGGGGGUGUCGAUGAUGUGAGAGCUACUGUAGUGGGCGGAGCCCGAUUGAUUUACAAUAUGGGACUAGACAAUGGAAAGGAACAAUGUGUCAAGCUCAAAAAUGCCGUUUCAACUGAUAUCAAGUUUUAUAAACGGCUAGAUUGGGCGAUGGAGAUUGUAAAGAAGCUGAAUCGAUCGGAUGAGGAAACUGGAAGACCCGGAUACUCGUACAUCUUUGAAUCCUUCUUCGAUGACGUGGCUCCUGAAGGCCAACUCAUCUUUUCGCCCUCUAAAAUGUUGAAGAUUCGAACAAUGCUCCCAUUUUUAAAGGAUUUGGAAAGUGUGGAAGACUUGGAAUUGCUCAUGAAGAUGCUCCGAAGCGUUACAAGGGAUAAAUAUCGAAUUCGAGAGCAUAAAAAGUUAUUCGACAGUCUUCAGGAUGACGAUAAGGUGCUGGAAAUUUUAAAUGAGAAAUUUGAACUCAACCUUGAAGAUAAUGUCACUGCAAUUCUCUAUAGAAACAUUCUAGAGACUAUUGCCGGUAUUUCAGUGGAUUCUGCCUAUUUCCAUCGCUAUGUAAAAUCUGUAAAAUCGAUAAUGGAUACCCAAGACCCCAAGAAGAUCCUAAACAAUAUAAUAAGCGGCAGCGAAUUGAGCAGAGAUUCCAAAUGGAGAGACAUCUUCCAAUCAAUCAGUGCUGCAUUUGAAAUUGAUAAACAAGCCCAACCCGAAGUGAUUGCUCCAUUUAAAGAGCUUAAUUCUACAGUAUCCGGUUCCUAUCAAGAAGUUUUUCUGGCAAUGAAAAUGUUGUUGGAAGGAAGUGAGAGUUCGGAACAAAUCGAAGCUAAAUGCCAAUUUACUGAUCAAUUCUUCACUGGCCUCAAACAACGGGAUACUGUAAUCGAUGCCAUUGGAAUUCAAGUGGACAAAAUUCACGAUUGGACCGACUCCACAAAAUAUAUUGACGCGUUGGUGGAGGUUCUCAAAGCUGCCGACAGCUUCAAAAAUCUCAAUCGUCUUCUGGAUUUCCACGCAAAAUACACUACGGUUGAUCAGAAGCCAAUGGAGUCGAUGGAUUUGAUUGAUAACUUUAUCAUCUAUUUGGAACAGAGCAGCCGUUGGAAUCGCAAGAAUUUUCUUCAUAUAAAUUUCGAAGAAUUCAAUAUGUGGGAGGAGGAAGAAUAA